AGUGACGCCAGAAGAAAUAGACGCGGGACGACUUGUUCUUGCAGGCAUUCCAGAAGGGUUUGUGAUGCAAGAGUGUCCUUCACCUUUUUUAAAGGAUCCUCUUGCUAAGCAAGGAUCCAAUGAUACGUUAGAUCCUCAUUAUUGUCAGUUUGGAUGUUGUAUUCCCUGUCCUGCGCAAAACCUUUUUUAUAAAGAGAACUGGGCAACGCGAGGAUUCUUAGCAACGGAUAUACUUCGAUUUAUUUCUGCUAUACUUUCAUUUGUCCUUGUGAUCAGUUAUUUGAUUUUACCCGAUAAAAGAAGACACCCUUCACUCUUGAUUUUGAACCUCUCGAUUGCUAUUUUUCUGUUUAGCAUGGGAGUGUUUUUCUCGGUGGGUAAUCCUAAACGAUUGCAAUGCGCUGCGAAUGGUAUAUCCACGGGUGAAAUGGGUAAUAAUACAUUGUGUGCAGCCCAAGGCGCUAUUUUAAUCUUUGGCUCCUUCGCCACUGUACUUUGGUGCUCAGCCUUAAUUCUCAACCUGCAUGUUCAUACGGUUUGGAACUCGAAUUUCUUUACGAAUCGUUACGUGUUACUCAAUAUCAUUUGUUGGGGUAUUCCCACCACCAUCAUGUCAAUUGCUUUGGGACUCCAUGCUAUCAAGUUUGAAUUUGCUAAUCUUUGUUUGGUCUCGAUGAAGUAUAUUUUUCCCAUGUUUUUUUACCCUUUAGCCGCUGUUGUCUGUCCUAGCUUUAUCAUUCAUAUCGGUACCUUUUUCUAUAUUGCUAAAAUUGCUGUACGUGAAGGCUUGGAGUCUGAUAUGACCCAAUCGUUAUCGACAGGCACGAUCACAGAUCGACCACCUGGUGUGAGUCGUAAACAUGUUAUUGUGGCUGUUAAAAUUCAAUGGCGUGCUUUAUUAUUAGCCAUCAUUGCCAUUGUCACCGUCCUGUUCUACUGGUUGUUCUACAUGACACAAAUGAGCCGUAUGACGGAUUUACAAAAUAAUCCUCGUGUGACUUUGGAUUGGAUCCAAUGCAUGCUAACACCGGGAAAGACACAAAACAUGUGCGCGGCCGUCAUCAGUCCUCAUUUACCGCCAUUUUCUUUAAUCAUUGUAGCUGAGGUGUUGGUGAGUACGAUUGGUAUUUGGCUCUUCAUUAUGUUUGGUAAACGAUCCUUGUGGCGUGAAUGGAAUGAUUUAAUUUAUGAUUUGCGUAUUAAAAUGGGUGGUCGUGGUGGUGCUGAAAAGCACGGUGAGCAAUUCUUUGCGCUUUAAAGCUUUUUUUAUUCCUAUUUUUUUUUUUAAUUAUAAUAAUAAUCUAUAUAUUUCCUUUUUACAACUCAUGCAAAAA